GGGAGGGAACUCAAAGGAAGAGUCGAUUAAUAUCCAAAUUACCUUUAAUUUUAAAUAAUUUUGGGCCUCCUGGAUAAUUUAUGAAAAUGGAUUAGAAAGAUGAACCAGACUUGUGGUGAUCUGUCUGAAACGUCUGACAAGUCUGAGCUUGUGGAUCACACGUUGAAUGAUGACGGCAGUGAUUCUCAAACAUACUACUUUGAGUCGGAUCACGUUGCUCUCAAGUCUAACCCUGAUUACCAGUCACUUCUCCGAUCUAUCGCACUUCUCGAAUCUCAGCGAAUUCAGGCAAUAAAGGACCUCGACAAGCUUUACGAAGGUCAGACGAAGGCUUUACAAGAUCCUAUCGGCUUUGUGGAGUGUCUACAGAAUGGGAAGAAAUUUGAUUUUCCCAGCUUACAAUUACAGCAAGUUGCAACUAUACCAUCUAUUGACUGGGAGAAGUAUACAAGCAACGUACAGUUUACAUCUUUCGGAGUUCGUCACAUGACGAGAUUGAAGAAGCAGUUAGUUCAUGGGACAACAGAUGAAGAACUCAAGUCCUCCGGCCAGACAGGGAUGUCCUACUGUCCGACCGUGGAUGAUUGUGACGUCCGUGUGGUGAGAGGACGAAUCAAGACUGACGCCAAGUCGGCCACCUUCAACCAGCUGUGGACAGUGGAGGAACAGAAAAGACUUGAGGAGCUGUUGGUAACAUACCCACCAGAGGAGGUGGAAGCUAAACGCUGGCAAAAGAUUGCAAGCGCUUUGGGGAACAGGACUGUACAGCAGGUGGCCAGUCGUGUACAAAAGUAUUUCAUCAAGUUAACAAAAGCGGGUCUGCCGGUUCCUGGUCGAAUUCCCAACCUAAAUGCUUACAACAAAAAGAGUGGUCACCGACACCACAGAUACAAUAAAAUGUACUAUCCGUCCUCCACGUUCCUACAUGCAUUCGAACCGCCCGUCUACAUGUCGGACGAUGAAGAUUUCAAGAGCUACGAAGAUGACAGUUCUUCCUUCAGUCAGUGGAACCUCAGCCCUGAUGUGUCUGAUGAAGAGGACAUUCCGCCUGACCUGCGCUGUACGCAGGAGUACCAGGAGCUCAUCAGGUGGAAGAUGAUCAAGAAGGAGAGACAGAUGUCUGAGGACAAGGUGGUGCACCAUGUUGGAUACAAGUGUGACAACUGCGACCGGGAACCCAUUGUCGGGACCAGAUGGCAUUGUGUUGACUGUCCAAUGGAUGCCGCCUGUGAUUUCUGCGAUGAUUGUGUUGAUUGUGUAUUUGAGUCGAGCACACACAACACGAGUCAUCGUCUUAAAGCCGUCAAACAGGCAGGAAACCCAACCAUCGACCAGGACUACACCAAGUUUAUGCCUGGUGACUACAACUACUUAGAUCCUAACUACAUGCCUGCCAGCUGAAAACAAACUGUCAUCAAUCUGGGACUGAUGUUACACAAGCAGGAUUUGUAGAUUAAUGAUGGAUGCAGGUGGUUUAAUGGGCCACACACACGCACAUGCUUGAACAUUUUAUCAAGAGAAGAGUUGCAAUUCCUUUUUGUAGGUUUGGUGUAUUUUCAUAUAUUAAUUGGUAUAUUUCGCCUACUGCCUAUACAUGUACCAUCACUAGACAACUCCCAUAUUUGUGAUUUCCUCAGAGACAAACAUCCAUCACCAACAGGUAAUUGUUGGUAUCUACCAGGAAAAUCCACAUUUGUUGUAGCACAAAGUCUUGUAUUGUUAAAAUGUGUCAAAAACUUGCCUGUGCAAUGUUAUUGUGUUCCUCCAAGGAAUAAAGUUACUAUUACUAAA